GUAAUUUCCCUAGAUUUUCACCCGUAUUGUAUCUUGAGUAUGAGAACAAUGAUGGCGACUCUAAAUCUGGGUAUAUCUAAAAUAAAAUCCGGUGCCAUGCCGUGAAAACAAGAGAAAUUCCAAAUUGAUAGAAAAGUUUUACAUUUUUUGCCUCCUCAACGAUUCGCAGGAGUAAAAGUUAUUCGAAAUUGAAAACAUCACCAAAAUGCUUGUACCAGCUUUCUUCGCUUUAUUUACGAUAGCAGCUGGCAAUGUUUGCAUCCCUCGUCAUUUUGGAGAUAGCAGCAUUGUAUGUGUUUGCAAUUCCACAUAUUGUGAUUCCACUCCGGAAACUAAUGUCGAACCUGGAAGAUUUCUCUGGUACUCGUCGACGAAAUCCGGCCAGAGAAUGGAAUUAACAGUGGGGAGAAUAAGCAACCGCUCCUCCUCGUCGAGAACCAUCACCAUUGAUCAUAAAUCGAAGUAUCAGGAUAUAAAAGGAUUUGGCGGUGCCUUUACAGACGCGGCAGGAAUUAACAUUCGAAAUCUCAGCGAGGCUACUCAAGAACAAUUAUUCAAUACAUACUUUGCCAAGGAGGGAAACAGAUACAACAUUGGACGCGUUCCAGUUGGGGGAACUGACUUUUCAACAAGAUUUUACACAUACGAUGAUUUUAAAGAAGAUACGCUUUUAAGGAAUUUUAGCCUCGCCCCCGAAGAUAUGAGCUACAAAGUUCCAUUGAUGCAGAGGGCUUUGAGAAUAAAUCCAGAAUUGAAAUUCUUGGCAGCUACUUGGACCGCGCCUACUUGGAUGAAAACGAAUGACUAUUACACCGGUUUUGGUUUUCUAAAAAAAGAAUACUACCAACUGUACACGGAUUACUUGCUAAGGUUUAUGGACGAAUACAAAAGAGAGGGCCUAGAAAUGUGGGCUCUUUCAACUGGUAAUGAACCUUCUAAUGCUUAUUAUCCUCUAAGUCGCAUCAACGGAAUGGGUUGGACAACGAGUGGUAUUGCAAAUUGGGUGGCAAAUAAUUUAGGACCGUCUUUAGCCAAUUCGCCACAUAAUCAAACUAUCAUCAUCACUGUUGAUGACCAAAGGUACUCCCUACCAUGGUCUGUUGAUUUAAUUUUCAAAAACAAUCUCGCCGAGAAGUACAUCAGUGGCAUUGGUAUCCACUGGUAUUGGGAUGCUCUUGUUCCAGCCGCUGUCUUAGACAUGACCCAUAAUCACUUUCCAGACAAGUUUAUGAUGAUAACGGAAUCCUGUGAAGGUUCUUUUCCAUGGCAAAAUCCAAAGGUUAGAUUAGGAAACUGGGAAAGAGCUCAAUCCUACGUGACACAAAUAAUCGAGAAUCUACAACACUGGUCAACUGGGUGGGUUGAUUGGAAUUUGGCUCUUGAUAAAACCGGUGGGCCAACUUGGAUUAAUAAUAAUGUCGAUUCUCCAAUUAUAGUGAAUCCAGAGAGUGAUGAAUUUUUCAAGCAACCAAUGUACUAUGCUCUUCAUCAUUUUAGCAGAUUUUUGCCACGUGGAUCCAUUCGAAUUGGAAGCAAGGACAGUUCAAUAAUGUUUCAUCCACUUCGAUCGGUGGCCUUUCACACACCAAAGAAUGAAACCGUUGUGAUAAUUCACAACAGGAGUGAAAAUUAUAAAGAAGUUGAUCUUCUUGAUGCGGAAAAUGGAAUUAUAAAUCUUCAAUUAGCGCCGCUUUCGAUAAAUACAAUUGUCUAUUUGGCUCAAAAUAAUUAGUGGACAAUUCGACGAUGUGUAAUUGUCACACAUAUGCGACUGAAAUAAUAUUGCUUUACCAGAAAUUAGAAUGUAAUACCUACAUUUAAUUAGAUUUAAUUGUUUAAGAUAAAGAAAAUCAAAAUUUGAAUAAAAAAAUACUAUGUAUA